GGUGGGGUGCAGGAAGCUAUGUGGGGGCAGCUUUGUGGUGGCAAUCCCAGAAUGCCCAGAACUUUUGCCCAUUUAUUUAUCCAACAAAUAAUUACUAAAUACCUACGAUGAAUAGGAUAGUGGCAACAUCUUUAGUUCACUUUAUUCAGCACAUAUGUCCUGGAUGCAUCUUGUAUACGAGGGCCUGCGAAUAUAGUAGUAAAUAGACACCAGACACUGUCCUUGGCCUGGAGCUCACAAACUAGUGUUAAUCUAAUCAUUAACAGAAGAAUUAAUUGCCUGUGUGCCAAGUGAUUCAAAGGAAGGGUGCCUGAUGGUUAUGAAAAUAAAAUAGGAGGCUGAGAACAAAGGAGACCAAAGGAGAAGUGGGGGAGACCAGUUGGAAACCUGCUGCAGUUAAACCUACAAAAGAUGGUAGUUUGGGCUAGAUUGGGAGUGUGGCAAUUGAAGAAUAUGGACUGAUAGUGAGAUGUCCCAUAUACACCUCAGAUCUCUCUCUGAGGGGACGUAAGAAAGGCAGACCAAGACCAUACUUCUCUACAGGUAACUUUGGAGAACCCCUUACUUUGAAUUUAUACAAAAGCAGAGGAUUUCCUCAGGCAUUUACCGAACCUCUAUUAUGUGCUAGCACCAACACGGUCACAUUUAAACCUCACAGCAAUCCUAAAGUAGAAGUCAUUUCUACCUCACAGAGGAAUCGGGAAGUACAGCCAGUAUGCCCUAAGUAACAGGGCUGGAGUUAGGAUCUAGCUGCAUUCCAAGACUAGUUCGCUUCAUUAAGUUUAUGACUCAAGGCUUCCCACUGUUCCUUCCUUUAGUCUAGUUUUCAAUUUUGCAUCUACAGAGAGGGGGCCGUAAGCCUCCAUGGGCAGAGGGAAAGGCUGAACUCUGUGCUAGAACAUCUCCUUCGGUCCAGAACUACAGGACGUGAGCCUUGUUUCCCAACGGAAGAUGUAAAAACAAACCCCGCGAGACCGGAAGUUGCGUGUCACACCCCCGCGCCGGGCUCCCAGACCCGGUUGAGGCCGCGGCGGACUGCCCUUCCCCAAGAUGGCGUCGAAGGUGGGUUCGCGACGGUGGCUACUGCAGCUGCUCAUGCAGUUGGGCUCGGUGUUGCUCACACGCUGCCCCUUCUGGGGCUGCUUCAGCCAGCUCAUGCUGUACGCCGAGAGGGCCGAGGCGCGCCGGAAGCCCGACAUACCAGUGCCCUACCUGUACUUCGACAUGGGGGCGGCCGUGCUGUGCGCCAGCUUCAUGUCCUUCGGGGUGAAGCGGCGCUGGUUCGCGCUGGGGGCCGCCCUGCAGCUGGCCGUCAGCACCUACGCCGCCUACGUCGGGGGCUACGUCCACUACGGGGACUGGCUGAAGGUCCGUAUGUACUCACGCACAGUUGCCAUCAUUGGCGGAUUCCUUGUGCUGGCUAGCGGUGCUGGGGAGCUCUACCGUCGGAAACCCCGCAGCCGUUCCCUCCAGUCCACGGGCCAGGUCUUCCUGGGCAUCUACCUCAUCUGUGUGGCCUACUCACUGCAGCACAGCAAGGAGGACCGGCUGGCAUAUCUGAACCAUCUACCAGGAGGGGAGCUCAUGGUCCAGCUGUUCUUCCUACUGUAUGGCAUCCUGGCCCUCGCCUUCCUGUCUGGCUACUACGUGACCCUGGCUGCCCAGAUCCUGGCUGUACUGCUGCCCCCGGUCAUGCUGCUCAUUGACGGCAAUGUUGCCUACUGGCACAACACACGGCGUGUGGAGUUCUGGAACCAGAUGAAGCUCCUUGGAGAGAGUGUGGGCAUCUUUGGGGCCGCUGUCAUCCUAGCCACUGAUGGCUGAGUUGCACUGGGAGAAGCUGAAAUGGGUGCAGGGAGCCACUGAGGGUCACCCUACCUUUCUUGCUGGCCCGGUUAUGUUUAUUUAUGCUUUUUGGUCUGUUUGUUUGAUUCUUUGCUCUGUGUGUAUGUGGGUGUGUUGGUAAGAGGCAGGUCUGUUCCCCAAUUCCUGGGCUCAGCCCUUGAUGGGGGAGCCCUGAGGUUGAUGCCUUACAGGGUUUUUCCUCCAUUUGUUAGGAGGAGAGCUGAGGCCAGAGAAGAGAAUAAGGCAGCACUAGGGUAGGGGUACUGGGUGUGGGAGACAGGAAGGAAGACCUAAGAACUGGAAGAGAGCAAAAGUGAAAAAUUCCUUUUGAACUGGCAGAUGCAGCUAGGCUAUGCGAACGAGUAUGCGCGCUGACAAGUGGAUCAGGCCCUGAGGAGCAGAGGGGCUGGUCGCCACAGAAGUCACAUGGGUUCUCAGGAUGUGCCAGGGGCAGAAAUAACACCAGUUUGAGAGCAGAGCAGGCCACAGUCUACUCGGGUGUGAAGGGGUGGGGCAGGCAGCGGCCAGCUUCCCGCUUCCUGCCUUCUGUUUCCAGCUCCAUGGAUGGCCUGGUGGGGGUGAGGGCCCUCCCAAACACCAGACCACACAGUCCUCGAAAAAUAAACAUUUUAUACAGA